AUGGUCGUCUCUCCAGAGUGCAUCCAGACCAACACCCUCAUUUUCACCAACCUCGAGCCCGAGGCCUUCUUGGACGGCGGGGAGGCCCUGGUGGCCUUUGUGCAGUCCGCCGUCGAGACCAAGCCGGUCCGGCUCACGCCACUCAAGUCGCUGAAUCGGUUCUUGAUGAUCUUCGAGUCGUCUGACAUUGCCUCGAUGGUGCGGGAGAGCCUGCACAAGACCGACUUUCUCGGCAAGCGACUAAUGGUCUACUACGGGCAGCAAAGCGAUAUCAACACUCUAAGCACCGGCGAGUCCGUCAAGAUCAACCUCCUGCAGGUGCCCAAGAUCGAGCGCAACUUUCUUCUCAGCCCACCAGGCUCCCCGCCUGUCGGUUGGGUUCAGCCCGAGGAAUCUGGCCCCAGCGCCGGCGGCCACACGGCCCUAUACCUCGACUUGGAUCACUUCAAGCUUGAUAUGGAUGCGGGCGAAGUUGCGGAUGCAGUUGAUUCAACAGACGCAGCCGGCUGCCCAUCCAUCCGUUUUGGCGAGCGAGAGCGUGAUGUGUGGGAAGAGGGUGGCAGCCUCGAGGUUGCCAUGGAAGGCUCAAGCGUCAAGCACGUCCUGAGCUUCAGCAUCCCAAAUGCACACCGCAAAGGCGACGGCAGCGAUCCAAGUUUGCCCACGAUUGUUGUUGAGGAGGCAGCCGAGGACGACGACGAUGGCGGUGCCGCCUGGCAGGGAUAUGCGGCGCCCGCGAGCCACAAACGAUCGCCGACGCCGAUUCCGAAGACGAGGCUGCCUAUUCAAUAG